UUGAACGAGUGCUCUGCGUCGUAACUCCAUAUUUUUUCUCUAUCUGUCUGUUGUGGAACUUCAGUAUUGAUCAUAAUAAUUGACAUUUUAAAGCAGUUACGCCCUUCAACGAUUUCUCACGCUGUUGCAUGAGCCAUCUGAUAGAUGGCACUAUUUGAGCAUUCCUAAAUGAACAGAGCAAGUGCAAUGGUGUCCGUUUUACCGUCGAGAUGGCAAAGGCUCCAGAUAUUUUAUCAAUGGGUCUUAGAAAACGGAGACAAGAGGACAGAUGGAUGGUUAUUGGUCUAUUCUCCGGUGCCUCUCAGUUGCAUAUUCCUGUGUUACCUUUUCAUCGUCUGGCUUGGCCCAAAACUAAUGCGACACAGGCAGCCAGUCAACAUUAAGACGAUCCUUAUCAUUUACAAUUUCUCCAUGGUGUGCGUCUCCGCUUAUAUGUUCUAUGAGUUCACAGCAUCAUCUUGGUUGGCAAAUUACAGUUUGUUGUGUCAGCCCGUUGAUUACUCUGAAAGUCCCCUGGCAAUGCGGAUGGCAAGAGUGUGUUGGUGGUUUUACUUCUCUAAAGUUAUUGAACUUAGUGAUACAAUGUUCUUCAUUCUGAGAAAGAAGAACAAUCAGCUGACCUUUUUGCAUGUCUACCAUCAUUGCACAAUGAUUUUCAACUGGUGGGCAGGAGUCAAGUACGUUGCAGGAGGGCAGUCGUUCCUCAUUGGCCUCAUAAACUCUUUUGUUCAUGUGGUGAUGUACAUGUAUUAUUGUCUGGCCGCAUUGGGCCCUGGAAUGCAGAAAUACUUGUGGUGGAAACGCUACCUCACUUCUCUCCAGCUGCUCCAGUUCUUUAUUGUGACCAUUCACACUGCGGUCAACCUCUUUGCUGACUGUGACUUCCCUGACUCCAUGAAUAUUGUGGUGCUUGCCUACGCCCUCAGCCUAAUCGCUUUGUUUAGUAACUUUUAUUAUCAGAACUACCUCACCAAGAAGACCAAGAGUACAUGAUGACUGUAAAAGUAGAAACAUUAUAAUCCAUUGCACUCCUUGGGUUGUUUGAAUAAUAAUGCUAUUCAACGAUGCCUCACUCUGAACGUGGCAGUUGAUACUCUUGUCGUAAAGACUCCCUUUAAUCCUUUAUCUCACAACCAUUUGUAUGUGUUUGCUCCCCUCCUCCAAACAGUGGGGUUGUCCACACAAUUUCUAUAUUCCCACCCUUUCCCAUCCCCCUUUGGUCAUUAGAGACUGAGACCCUGCAACGCUCUAGUGAUCUGGUCAAAUUGAAAUAAACCCGAGUCCACCUUCUGCUCCUCACUCACAUAUUUAUCUAAUCUCCCACUGUGACACUUCAUUUGUUUUUCCACUCAUUGGAUCAGGUCGACCAAUCACGGUGCAGCUGGAGGGAGUGUCUUAUUUAGGGCUCUGCCUCUUCCACAGCUGUCCUUUACUACCUUAUUCCUAAUACUGAGUUCAGUACAAGUCAGUGCGAGUCCAUAAAUGUUAAAAUACACACUGUUUAAAAAUUAUAGCCUAUAUAAAAUCUCUAACUAACCUUAUUUGUGUAAAGUUAUAUUCACAAUUCAAACUUUUAUCACAUUAAAUGUAUAAGUAUAAUCAGGGUUGGGGAGUAACAGAAUACAUGUAACGGUAAUACGUAUUUAAAAUACAAAAUAUAAAUAACUGUAUUCCACUACAGUUACAAUUUAAAUAAUCUGUAAUUAGAAUACAGUUACAUUCAAAAAUCAUUUUGAUUACUGAAGAAAUUACUUAUUUCAUACUCAUUUAAUACUUAGUCCUUUCAGAUGGAAAACAUUUAUUCAUAUAAACGAUGCGAUCCAAAGUGCAUUUGAACAGCGGUGAAACACGUUCUUAUGAUGCGUUACAUUCAUACUAGCAGACAGAGAAGUAAGUUUGAAGUAAGUUUGGAGCAGAAGAAAUAGAAAUAAACCUUGUGUAAAUUGUCAUCUUUACGCUAAGCUAAAAUGCUAUUUCUAGCCAUUUUACAUGCACGUUACCAGGCACGAUCGUAUUUUUUUCUCAAGAAAAUUCACAUUGGAUCAUAAUUUCUUUUUUUCUAGUAAGACCUUUGAUAUUAGGGCAAAAAUCUUAUUCUUGAUAAUAAUUUUUGUAUUAUCAAUAAAUAAAAUAUAUUUUAGAUAUAAAAAUAUCUAAAAAUCCUUAAAACAAGAUCAAUUAGUUUGAUCUUGUUUUAGAAACAAAACUGCAUAAGAUAUUUAGGUUUUUCAGAGAAUGAAAACAUGUGUUUAGCAUGUGUAUUUUGUCUGGCAGAGUUUUUAUAGUCAAAACAAGAGAAAAAAUCUACCAGUGCUGAAGAAGUAAUCCAAAGUAUUUAGAAUACGUUACUGACCUUGAGUAAUCUAAUGAAAUACAUUACAAAUUACAUUUUACAGCAUGUAUUCUGAAUUCUGUAGAAAUUCUUCAAAUGUAACCCUCCCAACCCUGAGUAUCAUAAGUAUAAUGAUUACGUCUUGUGGCUAUACUUUUGACACAGUGUGUAUUUUAACGUUUAUGGAUUGGCCCCAUUAACGUCUAUUGUCAAAGCCUUGCUUUAACCACACAUUUUGCUUCUUUUUUAAUAAACAAGUGACAAGUUAAAAUAAUAUUUUGGAGUAAUCAGCA